AAGACGUUGUGCGCUGGCGCGCGUCCGCGGCUCCGCGGUUGGCUCUCCGGCCAUAAUGGUAGGUGGAGCCUAUGUAUUUCAGCUCCGCACGCCCGACUGCUGCUGCAGCAGAAGCAGAAGCACGGAUAGAGCUGGAACGGUAGUCAGUGCUAGCAGUGCCAAGCGAGUGGUUGUGUGCUUCGAUACGCUCUCUGCUCUCUCACCUUGCUCGCAGCCCUCUGUGUGCAGCAACGCGACGGGACUCUGCUUCUUAGCCUCCGGGGGCAGCGAGAGAGAGCUCGCUUCUUCCGGACAGCGAGCGCUGAGUGUGCGAGACUAGUUUGUGCCAAGUGUAGUACAUUUACCGCCAAAGUGUUUUGUUCAUACGGGUGGGAAGGGUCAGGGCGGCCCAACCCGCUGAACACCACACCCGGUGCACAACAUCACCUGCACCCUAUCAUCUGUGAUCCAACAUUGGACACUAUCUCAUCGCACCGUCGGAGCUCUGAGGACGAAGGUAGCCCGGGCGUGGGAACCUCUCCGUCGGACAACAUGCUGACCUCGAUGGAGGCGACAAGCCCCGAGAUGAAGCCGCACCUCAUGCACCAGCACUACCCCAGCCUCGCUCUUGGUGGCCUGCAGCAGAUGGGCCACCACGCGAUGACCGGCGGCGGCCAGUCCAUGGGCGGCCAGCAGCCCGGCGGCGGCAGCGCCGCGAGUAAGGCGGCGCAGAACGCCGACCGCGUCAAGCGGCCGAUGAACGCGUUCAUGGUGUGGUCGCGCGGACAGCGUAGGAAGAUGGCGCAAGAGAACCCGAAAAUGCACAAUUCCGAGAUCAGCAAGCGGCUGGGCGCCGAAUGGAAGCUGCUCAGCGAGGCGGACAAGCGGCCGUUCAUCGACGAGGCCAAGCGGUUGCGUGCCGUGCACAUGAAGGACCACCCGGACUACAAGUACCGGCCGCGCCGCAAGACCAAGACCCUGUUGAAGAAGGACAAGUACCCGAUGGCAGGCUCCGGCGGAGGCGCCGCUGCCGCGCCCGGCAGCACCGUCCUGUCGUCCGAACGGCAGAGCUCGCAGCAGACGCCGCAGCAGCAGGCGGCCAACGCGCAGCGCGACCUUUACGCGCAGAUGCCCAACGGCUACAUGCCGAAUGGCUAUGUUUCGGCGGCGGCGGCCAUGAUGUCGUCGCACUGCGACUCGGCGGCCAGCUACCAAUACCAUAACCACAUGAGCGGCUCUUACCACCAACAGGCCUACGACAUGCAAGUUGCGCGCCAUCAGCAGUACAUGAACGGCAUCAGCGGCACCGGCUACAUGUACCAGUCGUCCAACUCGUCCAGCGGCGGGUCGCCGCUGUACAUGCAGCAGCCGCUGAGCAUCGGUGCUCCUCAGAUGUCUCACUCGCCCAACAGCGGGAGCAGCAUCAAGUCGGAGCCGCACAGCCCCGGCACCGGCAACAACGUUGGUACCAAUAAUAAUGUCACUAUCAAGCGCGAGCCGAGCAACCCUUCGGCGCAGUCGGCUGCCCUGAUUUACGGCCAGCAGCAGCAGCAUCAGUCUGCAGAUGGAAACAUUAACCGCAUGAUCUCAAUGUACUUGCCGGACGGUCAGCAGCGGGUGGUGCACCCGCACCCGUACGCCGCCUCGCAGCACACUCACGCUGUCCUUCAGCACCAACAGCAGCAACAACAGCAGCAACAGCAGCAGCACUCUCCUGUUGACCACCUGCAGCAACCCUCGACGCCCAACCCAUCUCAACCUGGCGGAAGAUGAUGGACCGAAUCAGCGAGCCACGAGGAAGAUGAGGACGAUGAUGAUGGUUAUCUCUGCUCGGAGGAACAACCGAUAGCAGACUAUCAGCAUCAGUAUUAGCCGAGGACCAGCGCGCCCGCCUCGCCUGUGUAACAGCUCUCGUCCACCGGCUUGAUGUGACUCUUUUCUCGCGGACUCUCUCGGUACUUCACUCUCAGUUAUACGCGAUAACUACAUCCACUAUAUUAUUUGCCAUGUUUUUCACCGAUUGUAUACGAGCAAGCGAACGACAAAAACCAGCGCGCGCGUUUUCACACAUUAUUAUAGGGGAUUAGGGGACAGCGAGCGAUUUUUAUCUGCGCACGCGAGUCUACAAUUUAUUAACGUGCAUAUCACAGAUUAUUAAUCUCGAGAGGUGUUGAAAACAUGCGAUUUGUAAAUAAAAAUUCAAAGACAGAAAGAAUAUAUGCACCGAUUCCCAUGAAAUAAAAUCAACCAUUUUGCCCGAUGAAAAAAAAAUAAUAUACAUCCUUUUAAUUCACAUAAAAGGCUCAAGGAAAAGUCGGCUUUCAAUUAUUAACCCUAGCCCCUCCCCGAUCAAAUGCUAUCGUUUUGAAGUAAGUGCCCAUCAUCAACAUUUUUGACUGGUUAUUUUAUAUUGUUUAAUUAAAAACUAAAAUACUUCAAAUUGGAACUUAAUACGUAUCUUCUUCAUUUGACUUCUGUCUCUGUUGUCUUUCUGUGUACAUAAGAGUACAACUUUCAAUUCUACGUCAGAGGAAAGCAGAGAGUUUUUUUAAAUAUUGCGCGUUAAUUGUCAAAUGCUGAGAUAUAAACAACUGCAGAGGCCAUACAUUAUGAUAGAAUGGAAACAAGAUUCGAGCGAAAUUUUCUUAAGCAUUGUUCAAAUUCAGUAAAAGGCCAUACUAAUUUUAGUCACCACGAUUAAAGCAUCAUAAUACUAUGGAGAUUAAUAUUAUUUAUAAAGAGGGAGUUAGUUUUUAAUUAUUGUACAUACACAGAGUAUGAUUGUGGCGUUAGCUAUCGUUCAGUUUGGGAAAUUUGAUUUCUUCUAGAAACGUGCGAUUGAUAUGCAAGAAAAUUAUGUUCGUGCAGCCCUGCGUCGUGGUUUUUUUCUCGAAUUGAAUUUGGUCUAGCAUUGCACGUGUGUACGAACACGGGCGUCUGUCCGAUUACUAGCGCCAUUACCAUAACUUGAUUAAGGCUAAGUUGACGACGUAAGGAGAUAUCAAAUUGAUGCUUCCUUGCUGAUUUAAAUACCACUGGGGUUCCUACUGAAAGUUUGAAAAAAGAUGGGCGGCAAUCUAAUUGCAAAUUUUGUUGUUCAGUGUGCAUUGCUAGAGCGACCGUCUGUUUUUAUUGGAUUCAAACAUCUUAAUUUAAUGCUGUAGGGAAUAAUUGCAUUUUGCGUAAACGAGUGGGCGAUGAUUGAUAAUGUAUGUUCCCAAGCGAUGUAAAUGUCUGUUGGUAUUGCAACGUGAUCUUAACUAUUAUUUUUCUAAAAAAAAAAAUAGUCGCCCAACUACAAACACACGAGAUAAUUGUGAUUAUUCAAAUGAUUUUACUGAAUCUGAAAGUCGUUUAACGUGUUUGCUGCAACACAGAUAUUGUAAGGGUAUUUCUUUGAAAAAUUGCUGCAACACGGACAUAGUAAGGGUAUUUCUUUGAAAAAAUUGCGAGGGCAACCCACCGCGGCACUCGCAACAGUUCUCAGCCAGAUGAUCAAAAAUGUGCAGUUGUGACACACGAAUAUGAAUGAUACUGAUUUCCCUGUAAGUACACGAAGAAGGCAAAAAUCGAUGUUAACUCUCACCAUCAAGAAACGAAAUGAACAUGCGUUAAUACAGUGAAAUGUUUCGUUUGCAUGGUGUUUUGUAUAGAAAAAAAUACCGUCGAAAUAUAGAUAAUCAUUGUAAAUUA